AGAUCCCUUUUGACCUAUUUUUCCCUUUAAUUCUUUUACUUUAGGGGUUUAAAUUUCCUCAUUUAAAGGAAGAAUGAAGGUUUUUUGUACCUGUAAAUGACAAUUCAUGCUAAGAGAACAAAGAGAUUAAAAUUGGUUUUUCCGUCUUACUUGACUUCCACUUCUUUUUACUUUUUCCAAUUGCAAAGUAAAUUAAGUAUAAGAUUAAUAUUGCUGACAACCAGCACUGAUACUGCACAUAAAUGGAAGUCUACGUUCUGAGCUUCAUUUUGUGUAUCGGCAUCACUCUUGAGACCUCGUUUUCGCUGUUAUGUCCUGAGUCUAUACCCACUGUGUCCGUGGUGUCCCGUUGUCCAGCCAACGUCAAGGAAUGGGCAUCGGCGGCAGAGAGGAAAAGUUGUGGACAGUUGAGAAAGAUACAAAACUGUUCAAAAGCUGAAAAUUUUGUGUAUCAUUGCGUUCUCAACAAAGACGCGACGCAGUUAUUAGAAGUUUGUGCACCUAGGUUUUUCUUGAUGGGUUUAUGCGCUCGGUUCAGCGAGGUUAACAAAAGAAUCAUCAAUGAACCUGGUUUGGACUGUACAAAGUUUGAUCCUCCCUGUCCGGCAAGGUUCCCUUCCAAUGAAUCCUACAAAUACCAAACGUGCUACAGGACUGUUGGUAAAAGUCAGCAACAAAAGGAAUCCUUACACGAGUCAACUUUAUUUAUCCUGUAUGUUGCGGUAGGAAUUGCUGGAGUGAUAAUUCUUACAUCACUGAUCCUUCUAUUGUUGGGUUUUAAGUUAAAUUGGAUAAAAUGUACAUGUAAAAGGAGCUCAGAAGAAGAAACAGGACAAAUGGUUGAUAACGCCGAAUCAGAAGUUUUGUUGCUUAAAAAUGUCCUACAAGACAAAGACGAUAUAGAGAAAGUCGUCAUUGAAAAUGGAUCAUUAAGCAAAUGCAAUGGACAUACGAAAGAAAAUGGCACAGAAAAGGGGCAGUUUGAUAUUGAUCAGAAAAGCGAUGUUAAAGAGGAAAAGAUGAUACAGUUCAGAAGUUUAUCAGGAUGUACAGAAACCCGGUGUUCUCUUAAGGGUGUCAGAACAAUAGGUGAUCUACGUAACGCUCUUUCCAUUAAGCUUCAAAUUCCACGACCUUUUGUACUGGUUGUCGAUAAAGAAAAUGGCAUAAUUUUUAAAGAUGAAACUGUCAUAGAAACUCUGAAACACCCACCAAAUGAACUAAUGAUUGGCAAUCAAAACAGAAAGAAAGAUGAUGACGAAGAUGAUGACGAAUCUGUGGAAAAUGACAUCAUAUUGAAUAGGCGUAUUACGUCCGGAAAAUGUCGAAUGAGCUGCGGACAUUUCACAGCUCCUGAUUCACUGUAUGAAUGGACAAAAGAAAAACUGCCUUGUGGUACAGACAAAGGCCUGUUCUGUCCUAAAUGUCGUCGUUGGUGCUGGGAAAUAGAUGAACUUAUCCUAAAAUGUAACAUGUCACGGGAUGAAACAAUAUUUUACAAACAGGUUGCAAGUUUGAAUGAACGUACAGCAAAGGAACUGGAAAAAGCAUGGCGGAAACAAAAGAAUAAAAGUAGAAGUCUCCCAGUGUUGGAUGAUGAAUAUUUCGCAUAACUUGAUAUCAAAUUUUUUUUUUUAACUGAAGAAAGAUAGAUAGCUUACUUUGUUUAAAUACACAUAUGAUUUGCUACCGAGAUUGCUUAGGCCUCCUAAAAAAAUGAGUGCACUGUUUAGUUAAUAGUUGAAAUAAACAUUCAAUUAUAAUUGUACUAAUACACGUGUUUACAUGUGUGUGUAAUUGUAUAUAAAACUAUACAUUAAUAUAUAAUAUGAAAAUUACAUUAAUGACAUGGAAUAGUGAUUAGGUUCAAUCAUACUUCUGCUGAAUUAAUCUACUAAUUUUUUUAUUAAGCAAAAUUUGCUAAACAAAGUUUAAUUUCGUCUAAACAAUGAUGGUCAAUCAAAAUAAAAAGAAAUGUGUUCAAAUUAUGAUACCAUUUUCAACAGCGUAGCAACCAAGCCGAACUUUUAGACAAAUUACUUGUAAUCGGCUUGACCGGAAAUAGGAGUAUUUAGAACAUUCUUAUUUUAUUAAAGUUUUUCAAAUAUCUAACUUCUCUGAAGCUCAAAUUCCUUAUCACGUUAUGGUUGAAAUCAAUUUUUAUUUUUUAUUUAUUACAGUUAUGUAUGGGGAAAUAGCAGGUAAUUUGUAGUUACACGAGUCUUUUUUGCACUGUCAUUGAACAUUAUAUUUACAUUUGAUUUAUGUACAAACUGUGUAUAUGCAUGCUAAUACAUCUACUAAUGAAAAAAUAUUGACGUGCUUAUGAAUUAUUUAUAUACCAUUUUAGAUGUUAUCUGUAUUAGGCAAAGUAAAUAAAAAUUA